AUGAAACCAAUACUUGCUGAAAGCUUUAUAGUCUUACAAAUUAUUGGAUUGUGGAAACCUGAGAAAAAUGUAUCCCCAUGUUACAAUUGGUUUUACAAUUUACGAAUGUGCUUGAUAUUUUUUUUUAUUUACUCAUUCACAAUAAAUGGUUUUAUUGGUCUGAUAAUCUCAUCGAAAAGUAUAUCUGAUCUAUCGAAUGAUUGUUUUAUUUUAUUAUCAAUCCUAGCAAUUUGUGGGAAAAUUGUUAACAUUGUUAAUAGCAGACAACAAAUUAUUGAAAUAAUUAAAGUUCUUGACUGUGAGCCAUGUAAGCCAAGAAAUAAGGAUGAAGAAUUAAUUCAAAUUAAAGUUGAUCGUAUCAUAAGAUUUAACACACUUUUUUAUGGUAUCUUAACUGAGAUAACAGCAUUUAUGGUGACUGUAGGCACCUUACUUCAAAGGCUUCCUAUUGGAGUAUUGCCUUAUAACACUUAUAUACCCUGGGAUUAUUCUAAAGGAUCAUUAUAUUGGCUAGCUUAUAUUUAUCAAAUAAUAAGCGUAGGUUUUUCAGCGAAUUCAGACAUUGGAUAUGAUACUUUGAUACCAGGCUUGAUGAUGCAAAUUAGUGCAAAAGUGCAAAUACUAAAGUACCGUUUUCUUAACCUCGUUAAUUCAAUAGAAUCAACUCAAGGUGAUAAAUAUUACUUAAAAAGCUUAAAACUGGAGAGAAAAAUAAUAGCCGACUCCGUAAAAUGUCAUCUUGUCAUUUUUAAACUUGCUGAAACCAUCAAUUCAACCUUUAGUUCGGUGAUUUUUCUACAAUUCAUCAUCAGCUCUAUUGUUUUAUGCAUUAGUGUAUAUAAUAUGGCGCGUAUGCCUCUAUUUUCAACGGAAUUCACAACCAUUGUGCUCUAUCUUUGUUGCAUGUUGACUGAAAUAUUUAUUUUAUGUGCUGCAGGCAACGAAGUGACACUUGUGAGUAGAACGGUAAGUGAUGCCAUCUAUCAUAUGGACUGGAUGAGUUUAGACUCAACAACAGUUAAAAGUUUGAUCAUUAUAAUGAAUCGAUCACUUCGACCAAUUAAAUUUAUCAGUGGAAACCUCGUCGUUCUAUCGUAUGAUUCAUUUAAAGCGUUGAUAAAAACAUCUUAUUCAGCUUUUAAUGUGCUUCAACAGACUUGAAAUAUACGGUUUAUUUUAGUUGGUCCACAAAACUGUUAAUUCUACUGAUUGUACUCUACGACUUGUGUAUGACCAAAGGUUUCAGCUUCAUCAAUAGGUCGAUUUCCCCAUCUUAUAAAAUUAAAACAAAUUACAUGAUAAAAAUAUUUCCAUGCAGUUAUUAUAAUUAUUUGCAAUUCAAGAUGAUCAAUUUAUUGAGCUUUGAAAAAUGGUUUUAUUGAGAAAAUUUGAAAAUAUUAUUUAAACAAAUAAAUUUCACCUGUCCUUGGGAUCAUGAGGAACACCACACUGCUCAAUAAGGAAUUCAACACAGUCUAGAUGACCUUCACUGGCUGCCAAAUGUAAAGCCGUGCGUCCAUCAUAGUCCGAUAACGUCAUAUCCAUUCCACUCAGACGAUGUCUGUGGAUGGAUUUUUUCUUUCACUUUGUGAUUUAAUGAUUUAAAAAUAAAACCAGAAAAAUGCGAAAA